GACUUAGCAUGCAGCACUGCUCAGUGCUCUGCGGAGGGGGGCCUGGCUCGGGGCUCCCCAGGAGGACUGACCUGCCACCUGGAACAAAACAGCAGCAGGUCUAGGUUUCAGAACGUGCUGAGAAAUCUCAGCUAAGCAACGGUGCAAGGGGAAAGAAACAAGGUUCUGGACUGUCAUUUGCUUUACUGGGAUGCAGGAUUUCUUUUGAUUGGUUGAGUCAGGAGAGAUGGCCAAACGCACCUUCUCCAUGUUAGAGACGUUCCUGAUUUUCCUCCUUGUGAUGAUGACCGCUGUCACGGUAGCCCUUCUCAGCAUCCUGUUUAUCACCAGUGGGACCAUUGAAAAUCACAAAGAUUCAGGUUUUCCAGAUACCCAGAGCUCCCCAGCCACCCAGAGCUCCCCGACCACCCAGAGCUCCCUGGCCACCCAGAGCUCCCCGACCACCCAGAGCUCCCUGGCCACCUUGGGCUCCACAACCACUGAAGGCUCGACAGUCACCAAUGGCUCUACAGCCACCCAGGCACCUUCUGUGAUGAGCACCCCAGAGCCUCCUCUCUUCCAGAACUUUAGUGGCUACCAUAUUGGUGUUGGGCGAGCUGACUGCACAGGGCAAGUAGCAGAUAUCAACUUGAUGGGCUACAGUAAGACUGGCCAAAACGCACGGGGCAUCCUCACCAGGCUGUACAGUCGUGCUUUCGUCAUGGCGGAGCCUGAUGGGUUAAAUCGAGUGGUGUUUGUCAGUGUCGACAUAGGCAUGGUAUCCCAACGACUCAGGCUGGAGGUCCUGAACAGACUGCAGAGUAAAUACGGCUCCCUGUACAGAAGAGACAAUGUCAUCUUGAGUGGCACGCACACUCACUCAGGGCCAGCGGGGUUUUUCCAGUAUACCGUAUUUGUCAUUGCCAGUGAAGGCUUUAGCAAUCGAACUUUCGAAUACAUGGUCACUGGCAUCGUGAAGAGCAUCGAGAUGGCGCACAAAAAUAUGAAACCAGGCAAAAUCUUCAUCAACAAAGGAAUUGUGGAAGGUGCCCAGAUCAACCGAAGUCCCUCUUCUUAUCUUCAGAAUCCUGAGUCCGAGCGAGCCAGGUAUUCUUCAAAUACUGACAAAGAAAUGGUCGUCCUAAGAAUGGAAGAUUUGAACGGAGCUGAACUGGGCCUUAUCAGCUGGUUUGCCAUCCACCCGGUCAGCAUGAACAACAGCAAUCAUCUCGUCAAUAGCGACAACAUGGGCUAUGCCUCUUACCUUUUUGAGCAAGAGAAGAACAAAGGCUAUCUACCUGGACAGGGGCCGUACGUAGCAGCCUUUGCUUCAUCAAACCUGGGAGAUGUGUCCCCCAAUAUCCUUGGCCCACAUUGCGUCAACACAGGGGAGUCUUGUGAUAAUGCCAAUAGCUCUUGUCCAAUUGGCGGGCCCAGCAUGUGCGUUGCUACGGGACCCGGAGAGGAUAUGCUCCACAGCACGCAGAUUAUAGGACGGAUCCUAUAUCAGAGGGCAAAGGAACUGUAUGCCUCCGCCUCCCAGGAGGUCACUGGACCACUGGCUGCAGCUCAUCAGUGGGUGAAUAUGACAGAUGUCACCGUCCAGCUCAACUCCACACACACAGCAAAAACAUGUAAACCAGCCCUGGGCUACAGUUUUGCGGCUGGGACAAUCGAUGGAUUUGGGGGCCUCAAUUUCACGCAGGGGACAACAGUAGGGGAUCCAUUUUGGGACACUCUUCGGGAUCAAAUCCUGGGCAAACCCUCUGAAGAAAUCAAAGAGUGCCAUAAGCCAAAGCCAAUCCUUCUUCACACUGGAGAGUUGACAAAACCUCAUCCCUGGCACCCAGAUAUUGUUGAUGUUCAGAUUAUCACCAUUGGGUCCUUGGCCAUAACUGCCAUCCCUGGGGAGUUUACGACCAUGUCUGGACGAAGACUUCGAGAGGCAGUUCAAACAGAAUUUGCAACCCAUGGCAUGCAGAAUAUGACCAUUGUUAUUUCGGGUCUGUGCAAUGUGUAUACACAUUACAUUACCACCUUUGAAGAAUACCAGGCUCAGCGGUAUGAAGCGGCAUCUACAAUUUAUGGACCCCACACUCUGUCCGCUUACAUCCAGCUCUUCAGAGGCCUUGCUAAGGCCAUUGCUACGGAUACAGUAGCCAACCUGAGCAGAGGUCCAGAGCCUCCAUUUUUCAAACAACUGAUAGCCUCUUUAAUUCCUAAUAUUGUGGAUAGAGCACCAAUAGGCAAAACUUUUGGGGAUGUUCUGCAGCCUGCGAAACCUACAUAUAGAGUGGGAGAAGUUGCUGAAGUUACAUUCGUAGGCGCUAACCCGAAGAAUUCAGCAGAAAACCAGACCCAUCAGACCUUCCUCACUGUCGAGAAAUAUGAGGCCGCAUCAGCAACAUGGCAGAUAGUGCAUAAUGAUGCCUCCUGGGAGACUCGGUUCUAUUGGCACAAGGGACUGGUGGGUCACAGCAAUACCACGAUACAGUGGCAUAUUCCAGACACUGCCCAGCCUGGGAUCUACAGAAUAAGAUACUUCGGACACAAUAGGAAGCAGGAAUUUCUCAAGCCAGCGGUCACACUUCCAUUUGAAAGCACUUCCGCUGCCUUUGAAGUAGUGACUUCCUAACGAAGAGUUGACAGUUCAUUGAAAGAGCAGCUACACUCUAUGAUUUAUAAAAAUGAUUUCACAUAAAUGUAAACUGUGAUGAUGACUUGGAUGAUUGUCCCUGUCGGGGGACAGAUAGUUUACUGUAAGGGACAGAGGGGUGUGUGCGUGUGUCCAGUUUGUCUUGCUCUCGGAGCUUCGUACCCUGGGUGGUCUAGAGACUAACGCAGAACUUCCCUCGGGGCCUGGUGGCUGUUUGAAGGAACACGUCCCCUCAAUAUGAAGCCUCUGAAAAGUGAGCGAGAGUGGUUGAAGAUGUGUGAACAAUGGUACAACUAUUUAUGUAUAGAAUUAUCGAAUAUUCGUGCUGGGAAAUUCUUUAUUUUGCAGAUGGAAACAAUGGAGUUUUGCGGAUUUAGCAUUAACAAAGGCUUCAGGACUUCCCCUCCUCCCCCGACUCCAUCACACUUAAAAAUAUGUUAUAUAAACACUGACCAUAAAUGUAUAUGCCCAAUGAGAGAAAAUUAGUGUGGAAACUAGCAUGCCGACUCUUCUCUCUUGAGCACAGCCUGGCAAAGCCAUUACCCUGGAGUCGAUGUACCUGAUCCAGAUUGGUUAAUGCUAGUAAAUUAUUUCUGGCAUUGCCUUCUGAGGCCAAACACAAGAAAGUCAGACCGGUAAUAUUUUGAUCAUGUCUUGUGUUUCCCUAACUGCCCUUAUCCCUUUGAGUUGUGUCUCCUCUUCCCAAGACUGGUUCUAAGUGAUUUUGACUGUUUUCACUAAUCACAGUCACCCCCAAAAUACAAGCUUUGCCAUUAGUCUAGAUAUUUAAAACAAAAGUGUUACUGGAUUGGAAGGGGGUCCUCAAAGGGCAAGCUCUAAAUUCAUUUAUCUGCUCUUUUCCCACUCACUUACUCAUAGACCUGCUCAAUCAAAGAAUAUAUAUUUAAGACCUACAUACCCAGCAUUGUGCUAGUGCCUGGCCUUGACGAUUGCUGUGAUCAUAUUUGGGAUGAAUGUGUUAGUGUCAAAAGGGGACUAUUUUGAAGGAGAAAACUCAGUAUAUAAAUUCAGUGUAUAAAUUCUGGAAGGCAUUUAUAAAGCAGUAAUCUUCAAGUCCUAUCUUAUAUACAAUCUGGUUGGGUGCUCUAUUGUGGGGGGAAAGAGGCUCCAGACCAUUUGUAAAAAGUUGUUUUCAUGGUUAUUUGGGGGCAUUAUGAAAUACCCAGCCCAAUGUCUAGCAGAAUGAGAUAUGACAGUCUGACAAUGAUUGCCCAGAAGUACCAAUUCCAUUUAAAAUGAUCCAAGAUGGGGCGCCUGG